AUGUGUUUUGGCGCUUUUCAAAACAGACUUCCAACAAUCUGUGAAGAGAGGAUAUACGAAGAUCGAGAAGAAAUUCACCAGAAAUAUUUCGAGUUGUCAGAUGAUGGAAACUCAGCACCAUUAUCAGAUACAACUAAAUUUACUUCUAAUGGCGAGAAUGAGUGGAACACCAACAACUUCAGCUUUCCUACAAUAUAUGAGGAUGGGAAUUGUGAAGCUGAAUCUGGCGCACAAAUUAAUUUUGAAUCCGACAAUGGAAAUAAGUUCACCACAGGACACUCAUCUGAUGAGCUCAACACACAGCUUUCUAGUUUUGUCAGAGCAGAACUAGACGUUAUUGCAGAAGAGAAGGUGUAUGAUGAUCCAGUGAUUCAGCAGAGAUAUUUCCUGUCUGACGAGGCUGGAAUACCAAGAAAAUCUACCCCUGAUGCCGUUAAAAAGAUACAAAAUGACACACUUUUAAGACAUUGGAUUAAUCUAUGCAAUGAAAAUAACCAAGACAAAAGAAGUCUUGAAAAGGAGUUACUCGGAUAUAGGGAUGGUAAUGGAGUAAGCUGGGAUAAGUUUGCGGAGCAGAAACUUUUAGCUCUUCAGAAAGAAUAUGUCAAACUUGAAAAUAUGUAUGAACAGAUGAAGUUUGAUUUGAGCUCAAGUGUUCCAGAAAUCUCUUUGUCAGUUGGGGAACUCACUCAACGUAUCCGAGAAAUUUAUGGAGAACAAAUGCGAUGUUACUCACCUUCAGAAAUAGCUGAAGGAAAAAUUCCAAGGGAAGAAAAUAUGUUUCGACAAGGAAAUUUAGGGCCUGUGGACCUACCAACGGUCAACCAGCAAAAGCUGGUAUGCAUAGGAAGCAAAAAGAAAACACACGAUGAAUGUGAGAAAAGCAAACCUUCAGAAAAGAAUCGUGCAUAUGCAUGUAGGAAAGAACAAAGCAAAAACCUAAAGAAGCUACGUCAAAAAAAUGAAAGGAGUGAAAAGAUUUUGAGGAAACCUGAAAUCAAUGACAGAACUUUUGAGAAAACUCAGAAAGAAAGUCAAAGUGGAAUUCUAAGCCUCGACAAAGAUUUCGCUUCCAGUGAUGGAUGUUCACAGCUACAAAUCCAAAGAUCAAACGGAAGUUCUGGUUUACCGCCCAAUUUCUCGCAUUCUGUAAACGGACUUCAAAACGGAGUUAAGCUUCCACAAAUUCAGCCGUGUUUACACAUGAAAGGUGAAGUAAACUGUUCUUCACAGCAGAGCAAAAGUGUCUGUAAAUUGCCGGAAAUCCAAAGCGCCAAAAAACAGACCCGCCUGGAGCCAUGUUCUAGUGCAUCAGAUCCAAACCAGACACCAAGUAAGCUACCAGCAAUACAAGGACAGGCAAUGCAUGAGAAGAAAGCGGCAACACGCACUCCAUCAUCCCCUAAAAUUCUUCCUCCAUUAUUGAACAUCCCAAAAUCUUCAAAAGAGAUUCGAAAAUGUUUUCAGGUUCCAAAACAAAAACGGCCUCAGAUGUCCAUUGGCAAAACAAAUUCAUACGAUAUUUUGAUUAUAGAGCACAGCGAAAGCAAUACGUCAGCCAAUUGUGUCCCAAAGAUUAUGUCCAAGGGGCAUCUCAAUUCUGAUAGGAAUAAAGGCAAGGGCAAGAUGUUAGCACCUGUAGUAGAAACAGCAAAGGGCACCGAGGAUGACUUUUUAGAAAAUGUUCAGAAGAAACAGAAGAAAAAUCGUAUUUCUAGUGGCAGACGACACGAUCGCCAGUAGGAAAGCAUACCAGUCAUGCGCAAAGGUUGAUGCUGAUUGGAACAAAAACAUCACAAGAAAAAACUUAGCAUAAUUAAUUUGUGUAUCAAUCGCAAAAACAUCUCCAGUAAUACAGAUACACUGUACACUUUAAUGUGCACCUGAUGAAGAUCCCCCCCCCCCCCCCGUAUCACGUUAACUGUACUGAAACUUGCAGUGCAUGUUGCAAAGGAAAUUUGCAAUGAACAUCCAAAAUAGCGCUUCAAACAGUGCUAAAUGGAGUUACUGGUUAGAAUAUCCCUCCAAGGGAAACAGAAUACCAAGAAAGAGAGACAGAAUUCUACCCCUGUGCAAACUUCAAGUUCUU